UGUCCGUAGUAUCACGAAAGAUACUCAGUUUGUUAAACCUGACUCUGACAUAAGUAUAAAGGCAGGCAAUAACUGAUACAUUACUACAAACCUUGGCACGUGCCUUUUCUCUUGUACUUCAUCUAAAACGGAAGAUAUUGAAAUGAGAGUUGUACAAUAUAAUGGAGACACUUUGGUGUUGUAAUAAAAAGGUCUUUUUAACUCUAUAUCUCACAUGACACAGUUCUAUAAGUUAAGAUCUGUGUUGGUUUUCUAAAGUUAUAUUGGUAGUUUUACUCAGUUUUAGGAAAGUCUAUUCUCAGAUUAUCCUUCAUACUUAGAAUGAUCCAGUGAGGGGAUCAAGUGUUGAGGUAAAUAGAUUUAUUUGGAAAUCACCGUAUUGAUAAGGAACCAGACAUAGAGGUGCUUCAGUUCUUGGUGAAGUAUUUCCUGAAAUAAACAUUUUGGAUAAAAUUAAGGAAAUGCUGACAGUAUGCCUAUCUCAAGGAAGUAAAACUAAUGGUCAAAAGCCCUGUGUCAGAAAAGCGUGAGGGAAUAAUGGCGCAUUUAGAUAUCACUGUGCUUGAACCCACAAACAGUGUGGAAAUAAGGAAAAUACAAGGAAGAAUUGAACUGGCAUGGUUGAGAUUCUAGAUCAGCUACUUAAUUAUUCAGAGUUCAUCUUUCAUUUCUUGAUGCCUGGUAAAUCAAGAUUGGGGGACUUUUAGGAUGCCUAUGUAUUCCCUACGCUAUUGAAUAUAUAUAGACUAUGAAUACAAAUUAAUCAUGAAUGUGCAGCUCUAGGCUGGGCAUUGUAACUGCAAGUUUCGGCAUUCCUGUUAGACCCAGGAUUAUUCUUACAACUUUCCUGCAUUGAAUGCCUUCUACAAAUCGCUGUAUGAAAACAAAACAAUGGUCAGAAUCAACUGAAAAGCUGCUAUAUGAUGGAAGCGCUUAGGUUCAGGCAAACUAUCAGGAAGGCAAAGUACCUUAAAUACUAAAGAUAACCAUUUGAAUACUUUUAAAAAGAAUGUUAUUUGGCCAGAAUCGAACAUCCCCUCAGGAGAAGGUUAAAUUGCCUCUGUGUCUGUCUCUGUCUAUGUGUAUAUGGGCAUUGAAUGUUUGCCCUAUAUGUAUAUAAUGAGAUCCGCCCUGAGUCCCCUUUGGGGUGAGAAGGGUGGAAUAUAAAUACUGUAAAUAAACAAAUAUUAUGCAAUUUCUGCAUGCCCUCCCAAACACAAAAAUGAUUUGAGCAGAACAACUUCAGUCUUAAUUCUGGAAUUGAAUAGCUCAACAUUACGAAAAUAGAAGUUAUGAAAUUCUUGUUAUGGCUGCUGAAAAGCAAAACCGAAAGUCGAAACCUAUCUGGCCUCAUGAUAUUAGUGACUGAAGUGUAAACAGAGACCAAUUUCCAGAAAAUAGUUUGCUGUCUCUCUAAUUCUUUUCCUGGCUAUGACUGAGUUCUCAUGGGUUCAUAUGUAUGCAGUGAAUCAUACACUGGCGGGGUUUGGGGGAGAGAUUGACCCAGCAUGACUGUAGUUGUAGUUCAUCCACAUCCUUACGCAUUUUCUAAUGGGCCCAUUCAUAAAAUCCAAAAACAAUUACGUUUAUUUCGGGAGCUCUAUGCAGAUUAAUUAUCACUCUAAGAUGCAGCAGCUACAACGGGGGGAUGUAGAAAGGGAUUUUGUUGAGAAACCCAAGAAUGGCGUUGGAGGGAGUGUGUCACUUUGAAUUUGAACUAUUUUGAUUUUUUUUUAUCUAGCCAAUAAUAACUACUUUUGAAGACUAACAGGUUUUAUUUGGCAUGAGAUUUUGCAGACUGCAACCCACUUCCUGAGAUGCAAGCAGCAGACAGAUAUUUAUGCACAAGUCUGAAGUGGGAGGAUGUAAUUAUUAAGGUGAGAGAAUGGAAAUGUAAAAAGUACAAGCUUUUAAUUGUUAAGAGUAUUCUAGUAUGUUAUUGGAAACACUAUUAGAAGUGUUUGUGAAUGCCAAAAAUGUUAAUAUUAUUGCUCUUUUAUUUGUAUUACACUAGGAAUGUAUAUGCCCACGAUAUAUGGCUUUUUCCUAUUAACCUCCACAACAAUCCUGUAAGACAAUUAUAUUGAACGAUUGUAGUAGCCCAUAGUAAUAUGGGUCUCCUUGUUCCAAGCACUUUAAAUGUUACACUACCAGUUUUCUCAGAUUUGUUUUAGCUGUCAAAAAAAGAAUGUAUUACAUUUGAUUAUAGCUCUUUACAUUCAUUUUAACUAUCAUGGCUUUCUUCUGUAAGCAAUUCUUUAAAAAAUAAUCCCCAAAGGUCCAAAAACUACAAGUCAGGAAUCCAAGCAACUGUAAAGGCUCAAUAGGCUCAAGAGGUAUCUUAUUUUUAAAUAAGAGUUAGGCUUGUUGAGUGCUAUUAAAUAAAGGUCUCUCUUGUCAAACUGCACAUAUUUGUUCCUCACGGUACUACAACUACUUUCAAUGUAUGCACAGCACAAUUAAGCAGGAAAACACUUUUAAAUCAGGAACAGAACAUUUUUCAAAUUUUGUUACACAAUGUUGUUAGCAACAUAUGAGAAACAUCACAAUUCCGGUCUCUUUCACUUUCAUUUUCAUUGAAUGUAGGGAGGAAACCAAGCCAGCACAAAAAUCAGCAGACUGCUUCCUGCUCUCUUCUGGAACAGAAGAUAGGAAGAAAGAGGAUGAAACUGGACAAGAAACACAGCAAGAAAAGAAUGAUCAUGCAAAAGCAUGCCAGACCAAAAAGGAGGAUACUUGUAAUAUCAAGGACCCAACCAUGAUUUUGGAGAAAAAUGUACCAGAAAACCCAGCUCUUCCCAUGUCUCCUGUACCAAAGGAGGACAAGAACCCAGAAGACGACUCACGCUGGAGAAGUGAGGCACUUGAGGAUAUUCUCUCUGAAUUAAAAUUGUUGAAACAAAAAAGCAAGAACAUGACACUGCAAGAAACCCUUGAAAUCAGUUCUGGAAGUUUAAAGCAUUGUUCUCCACAUAGCCUAGAAGAGCUUCCUUGGCAUUUUCUGCGGAAAGUCCUGGCUUUGAAUGUGAGCGCCCGGAACACAAACCUUGACCAGGGGACAGCUGGUGGAGAAGGUGUGAGAGGAAUGGAUAAAGAAAAGACAAUUGAUGAUAGAGUAUUCAAUAUUACUGAGAGGGAUAUAGAUUUGUCUAUGAACCCCCUUGAUGUCCUUUGUGCUCUUCUGCUUUGUUCGGAUAGUUUCCUUCAGCAAGAUAUCCUCUCCAAAAUGUCCCUGUGCCAGUUUGCCCUGCCUUUGCUUCUGCCACCCUUAGAGACUUCCAAAUGCACCCUGAUGAUUUGGGCCAUGAGAGACAUUGUGAAGAAAUGGAGGCCCCAUUCGCUGGCUGGAAGCAGAGGCUUUAGGGAAGAGAACCUGGUAUUGAUUCCCAUGCCAAUAAUAUCCUUGUCAAGCUAUAGAUUAAAUGAUUUUGAAGUAAAUGAUGACCAUUUGCAGUUACCCUGGUUGAAAUAUCUAAGUUUUAAUUUAGAGGCUCGUAAGAUGAGGAUACAAGAAAUAUCUCUCUCACUGAUAUACAAGUACAUUUCAUAUAUGGAUGAAAAAAUCAGUUCCAAAAGAGAUUAUGUUUCAACAUACUGUGGAGAACUUCUCAGUUUCAUUAAUCAGAACCUUCAAGAGGAUGAUGUUAAAAAACUUAAUACGACAUCUGCCUUUGAAGUGGACCUGAAGCUUCACAUUUUAGGAGAAUCAGCUUACAAAUUCCAGCAGAUGCAUAAAGAUUUCAUUGAAGAAAAUGAUCACCAGAAAAGACUGGAGCAACUGAAACCUCAUUAUUUUUCCAUUUUCAAAGAUCUUUAUCAGAAAAAAGAUGCCCAGCAAAUCAGAGCCAAAGGCUUCUGUGACAGGUGUCUCCAUCCUGCCUUAGAAGAGCACAUCAACAAAAGACUUGGGAUAGAAAUAAUAGAUCAAUUUCGUAACAGUGAACGUUCAAUGGAAUGUUCUGGUCGGAACUUCUUUCAGUUUACACUCUUGAAGGAGCUGUUGGAUAAAUGGAAUUUUGACCAGUAUGUAGAAUCCAUCACAAACUAUGAACAGUUUGUCAAGAACUGGAUCCAGAAACGAGUGAUAGAUUCCUAUAUCAAAAAUGAGAAUUUGAAGAACUUGGAAAAAGACAUUCUUUCAGGAGUAAUAGCAAAAGUUAAGAAUGCACUGGACAUCCUAAGAAAUAAAGAGAUUGAAACAUUCUCUAAUUUUGUGGACAAUAUUAGUCUGGAACUGCAAAAAGCCUUGGCCAUAUCUAAGAGUAAACUAGUAGGAUUAGAGUUGAGGAGUGCAUUUGAUCCUAGCAACUUCUCUGCUUAUGUUGAGAACUAUCUUCAAGAUUUGCAGAAAGAGAUACUCUCCACAUUUGAAUCAUUAGAUAUUGAAUCCAAGCUCUCAAGAUUGUCUGUGAAACCCCAGGAUGAGAUCUUCAAGCAAGUGUUUGGCUGCGGGAAGCAGUGUCCCUUCUGCAAGGUCCCCUGUGAAGCCGGCGGUGCUGCCCACAAGGAGCAUUUUGCAGCUGUCCAUCGCCCUAAAGGAUUAGGAACAUACAGAUAUGAUACCACAAAAAAGCUUGUUAUUGAUAUAUGUUCUUCUUCUGUAGCCUCCCAAGUCUCUUUCAGAUGUCCAGAAACCAAUUGGGAAUGGCAUCCGUAUAAAGAUUAUCGUAAGAUUUUUCCUGACUGGUGCAUCCAACCUGAUCCCAGUCUCAAUGCUUCUGAUUACUGGAAGUUUGUUUUAAAAGAGUUCAAUAAUGAGUUUUCCAAAAAGUAUGAAUGUAAACCAGCAGAUUUGCCUAAAGACUGGAAACAGAUAACAAAAGAACAGGCUCUCCAAGCCUUGAAGGAAUCUUAUAACAUGAAAUAGACAGCUCUCUUCUGAGUAAACAAUAAAUAUCUGAGGUUUGAAUUAUAGAGAA